AUUGCCUUUGCCACUUUUUGAAAGGAGAUGGAUAAGGCUUGGUUUGCUGACUGGAGAAAGACCUAAUCAGACAAAGGGUUUGCCAGUCAAUCACCAGCCAUACGAAGCACAGAACGGACAGCGGCCACAGAGAGAGGAGGACUGCCUGCGACAUACGUCCCGUUCUCCUGAGUCUUCUUCUAUACCAUGAGCUCUGGCUCUGCCCAGGAUGUGGCAGUCGAGCAUUUCCUGCGUGACAUAGAGAGGCGAAGCAAGCGGCUACACUGCGCUGUGAUAGGCUGCGAGGAGGAGCGACCCCGCAGCGACAUGAACCUGCUGUAUCGUAAGAGCCGUUUGGACUGGAGGCAGAGAGACCAAGAGGGAAGUAAAAAGAGCUCCUCCCAAAACGACCCCUCGGCUACUGUUGGCAAAGUCAGAGAUUUGGCUUCUUUUCGACGGCAUUUCCGGAUGGGUUUCAUGACGAUGCCCGCCUCCCAGGACCUGUCCCCUCACUCCUGUGCCUCCGCCAUGGCGCCGCGCUCGCAGUCCUGCCACGCUGUCGGUGCCGGGGAUACAAGCCUAGAGAAUGGAGAUUACUCUGACACUCAAUCCCAACAUGGCGGCCGCUGCCCCCCAGCUAAACCCAAACGCCACCCCAGUACUCGCCUCAGCUCCUCGUCUGCUGACAGCAGAGGACCUCCUGAGACACCACCACCGCCUCCACCCUCUCACUCACAGUCCAAACACUCAGAGAAGAAAAAUGCCAUGAAGAAGUCUGACUCUGGAGAGAUCGGAGCAAAGAAGGUGCCUCCUUUAAAACCCAAGAGAAGUCCCAGUACCCAGCUUUCCUUCGACCCUCUUCCUCCACGAGUGCCUCCCUCUGCCACAUCUCUGCCUUUCCAGGCAGCAGACUCUCAGAUUCAGACAGGAGAUGGAGAGGAUGAGCCGGUUUAUAUAGAAAUGGUGGGCCAAGUGUUCACCAGAGACAGCCAGACGGCCACGCCCCACCCUGUCACCCCUGUGGCCACCACACCGGACUCUGACUCAGACCAGAGUGAGGCGAUAUAUGAGGAGAUGAAAUACCCGCUGCAGGAGGACAGAGAGUCCCAAAGACACCUCCCUCCGAAACAUGAGAAACUGAAAUCCUCUAAACACUUCCAUGUCACCCCUUCCUCCUCCUCCAGCAGUUCCUCCUCCCUGCCGCGCCCCUCUUCUUCUUCCCCUUCCUACUCCAAACCCAAAGCUACAGUAUCCAUCUCUCAUUCAUCUCCUCUGCCUUCCUCAGCAUCCUCCACUCCUAUACCCCAGGUCCUCUCCACCAGUCCCCACACGCCACGAGCUCCCACUCCCUAUCUGCUGCAAGGGAAUAAGUCUGAGCCCGAGUCCAACACGAAGAUCCCAGCUCCUUUUCCCAACCUCCUGCAGCAUCGGCCCCCGCUGCUUGCCUUCCCUCAGCCUGCGGCAGCCUCCAGCGGUGUCGGAGUGCAAAACAAGGCAUCUGGUUCUGCUAAAAUGGGAACGCAAACAUCGAGUGUGACAGCUCAAGCUAGCACCUCCUCCUCAGCCUCUUCUAACACUCCUGUAGGCUCCAAGGAGUCGUCAGGAGGAAGUUCAUCGCAGCAGGACAAACACAGCAGAGAGUCCCAACUAGGCCCUGCUCCUGGACUGAGGGCUAGGAGUCACUCCACACCGUUACCUCCCUCCUCCAAGUCCACAUCCCCCUUCUCCCAUCACCAUCACCACCCUCACCAUCGCCCCUCACACUACCAUCACUAUCGCAAGCCAGAGAGAGGAGACUCCCCCGCCCCGCUCAAGAACAGCUCUCAGACAUCAAACCAGGCCACAGUCCAGACACAAACUUCAAGUACAGGAAAGGAAGGAAAGUCUGUGAGCUUCCUCUUGAAGUCUGAUAAAGGAGAGAGGGAUAAAGACAGGGACAAGGAUAGAGACAGGGACCGAGAUAGAGAGAGGGACAGGGACAGGGGUAGAGACAGAGACAGGGAGAGAGACAGAGACAAGGAGAAGGACAAGGACAGGGAUAGGGAGAAGGACAGGGAUAGGGACAGGGACAGGGAAAGAGACAGAGAUAGGGAAAGAGACAGAGACAGGGAAAGAGACAGGGACAGGGAAAGAGACAGAGACAGGGAUCGAGAUCGGGAUAGAGAUAGGGACGGAGGGCCACACUCCUUGCAGUUGGAUAUCAUUACCACCUCUAGCAGCCAAACGCCUCUAAGCAGCACCAGCUCAACCCCUACGCCGUUAUCCUCAUCCCAGCGUCCUCAUUCUCGCCCACAUCUCCGCUCUCACACUCCUCACGGCCUGCCUGCGUACAAGCCUCCCUCCUCGGACAGCCCCCUGCUGUGGACCUACCCCUCCGGUGGCUUCCGGAGACCGCCGGCUUACGAGAGCUUGAGAGGCAGCUCUCAGACUCCUUCUCUGCAACAGCCCUCAAGUCUUACUGGUAUAGGUGAGGGGGCAUCCAAGAGCAAUGGGGGGUCUGUGUCCCUCCAUUCGAAAGUCGGCUUCAUGCCCUGGGACAGCAGUGCCAGCUUAGCUGCAGAUGAGGGGUCUUACUGGCCUAUGCAGAGGAAAUUGUCCUUCAGCCAUGGGAGCAGAGAGACUGAGAAGGAUGAAGGGCGGGCGUGGAACGGCAGUGCCGAUGCCUUGUUAAGGAUGGAUAAGGAGGACCUUGGGAUGGGGUCUCGAGGAGGCCACUCAGGCAUCCCAGUCCACUUCAGUGGUGCCACCAGCAGGGCCCUCGGUCACAGCGAGUCCUUGGCCGGUGUUGAUAGCAGUCCAGGAUUCAGAGCUCUGCCCAGAGUAGGGCUGCCUCUUCCCUGCCAGACUUUUCCUGCCUGUCGCAACGGAGAAGUGGGGCGGCUGGGCCGCUCCUCCUCUGCUGCUGGAGUGAGACAGGUGGGUGGAGGAGACGUCCAGAGACAGAGCAGUCUACCAGCACGAGAAGCCCUGAAUCAGCUGCAUGGUCUGGGCCAGCCUCAAGCUCCCUGCAGUCCCAGUGGUCCCAGUGUGUCUCGGCAGCAGCAGCAGCUUCAGCUCCACCAGCAGCAGCUGCAGUUAAAGCAGCAGCUCCAGCAGCUUCAGCAACAGCACCACCUGCAGUUGCAGUUCCAGCAGCUCGCCCAGCUGGCACAGGGACAGCCUCCUGUCAGUGGGGGCACCACCCCGUCCACAACGCAGACCCAGAGAGACGGCAAGCUGCUGGAAGUCAUUGAGCGUAAACGCUGCCUGUGCAAAGAGAUCAAGGCCCACAGGCGCCCAGACAAAAGCCUGUGCAAGCAGGACAGCAUGCCCAUCCUCCCUAGCUGGAGACGGACACCUGAGCCACGUAAGACUGGCACGCCACCUUGCCAGAGGCCGCAGGCCGUCGUGUGGGACACGGCUAUCUGAGGUGGAGAGACAGGCCAGUGAGUACAGCACGUGAAGAGAGACAAAACACAUAGAUGAGUUGAAGAUAGGUGAAUCAAUAAUAAGAGUAAAAAUGGAUAUAGUUCCUGGAAAGUUCUUUAAAUGGUUGUGGUUUUACCACAAAGAAACAAGAGACUGGGGGCUAAGAAGAAACACUUUCCAUUACUCUUAUUGUGUUAAAAACUGACCUGACAACAGUAAUGAAGGUUACUGGGGACUCUCAACUCAUUUGGGGUUACACAAAAAAAGGUGAAAGAAAAGAAGUAUUACAAUCAGACUAAAUUAAUUUCUUACCCAGCUGAUUUGUACCUCCUCUGUACUAUGUACUACACUGACGUGUUCCAAUUGCCAAUGAUUUUUGCCACAAAACACCAGUGUUAUUGCUACAAAAUGAAGACGCCCACUGAUUAAUAAUGGGUGGGUUGUUUUUUGAGAUUGGUGUUGCCAAAUUUCUUCCUGACUACUUGAGAAAUAAAGGAAUCGUGUAUUUUCUCCAACACACAGUUGUCCAACACAUAGAAACUACUCUGUGGAUGAGAAAAGGCAAGACUCAUAGAUAAGUUAUUGAAGUGUUUCUUGAAAUCGUGAAUGUAUAUGAGAUGUCUUGGUAUCAAUAGAUUGUCAUUGUGGAUGCAAAUAAUCAUCACUGAGGAGUAAAAGCUA